GCGCAUAUUAGCGACACUCAGAUAUUGCCACCGUGGAGUGACCCACGCUAAUAACUAGAAUGGUUUCGCCUCGCACGUCCUAUUUCCUGCCAUUUUACCAAGCUAGCCGGAGCCAUGAGCAUGCUCAGGCUUCAGAAGCGCUUGGCGUCCAGCGUCUUGCGCUGUGGCAAGAAGAAGGUGUGGCUGGACCCCAAUGAAACCAAUGAGAUUGCCAAUGCAAACUCUCGCCAGCAGAUCCGAAAACUGGUGAAGGAUGGUUUGAUCAUCAGGAAACCAGUGACCGUUCAUUCCCGCGCUCGCUGCCGCAAGAACACGCUGGCACGUCGCAAGGGACGUCACAUGGGUUAUGGUAAGAGGAAGGGUACAGCCAACGCUCGUAUGCCAGAGAAGUUGUCGUGGAUGCGCCGCAUGAGAAUCCUGCGCCGUCUCCUUCGUCGCUACAGGGAGUCCAAGAAAAUCGACAGGCACAUGUACCACAGCCUGUACCUGAAGGCCAAGGGUAACGUCUUCAAAAACAAGCGCAUCCUGAUGGAGCACAUCCACAAACUGAAGGCAGACAAGGCUCGCAAGAAGCUCCUGGCUGACCAGGCUGAGGCUCGUCGCUCCAAGACAAAGGAGGCUCGCAAACGCAGAGAAGAGCGUCUUCUGGCCAAGAAAGAAGAGAUCAUCAAGAACUUGUCAAAGGAGGAGGAAAGUACAAAGAAAUGAAAACCUUAAAUAUGAAUUCAGUUUUGUCAGAUUCAGCUUUCCUUUGUUAAUAAAUUUGAAUGGAAAAAAAAA